AUGUACAGCACAGUAUCUUCCUGGGUUGAGGCCAGACACGAAUCGAUAGAUCAGUGGACAAAAAACCUUGUUGAGGGAGAAGAGAAUCAUCUGGUCAUCACAGCUCUAGAGUCACUGCUCAACGAUGAAACCUCGGGUUCUGCCACCGCUAAAAACAUCAACGAUAUCUAUCUCCCCUCAUUGGUAUCUGGUCACCGGACUAGCGUGAGCUUCAUUUGGGGCGUUCUAGCUGAUGCCUCAAGAUGGUUCGGCUCUUCUCAUACGCUGGAACUGGUCGAUCUAGUUGUUGCUAUCAAAAAUCUUCCAGACGUCGUCAACAAGGCUGGAUAUGUGGUGACACACGGAGGCAAAGUGAUCUGGCGGGAACUACAUGAUUUUGGCUGGAUAUUCUAUGAACAUGGCCUUGAUCUAGAUCUUGACACUGAAGGAUCGACCUAUGCAGAAUGGCAUGCCCAAGCCCCGGGCCACCUCAAUGCUCACACCUUCGCCGCGACUUGGAUGCAAAGAGAAAAGUGCAGCAGCAUGUUUUAUGCGGAUAGCGCCUUUUCGAACAUCAUGGCGCCUUUCGACAAGACUCGUGAGAUGGCAGACGAGUGGAAGAUGUAUAUUCCUCCUGCCACGGUCUGGAUCACAAUCAGCGGCCAAGCGGUGCAUCAUCAUUGCUUCAAGCAAAGGGACGAGAAUACCCAGGUUUUGCAUAGAGAUGGGUCGUCCCCUGAGAUAUGGGUGAAGGUCAAACAAAGAUUUGCAGAAUUGGCGAAGCAGACGGAUAUCGACGACCGCUGUCGAGGUCUUGCCAGAGAAGCAGCUAAGGAGAUGGAGCGGAUUGAGCGGAAGGACUAG